GCAGCUGGACGGUCGCCGCGGCUCUGCGGGGGCAGAGCGGCGGAGCGGAGCGCCGCUGCCUUCGCCAACCCUUGAGAAAGCGGACCCCGGGCGGUCAGCGGCCGGAUCUCGACUGGGGCUGCUCGGGCCAGCGUGCCGCGCGUGACGCCGCGCACCGGACGCCGCGAGCGGGUGAGAGUGGGCGUCAGCGUCGCAGCGGCGAGGGGGAGACGGUUCUGAGCCGUGGGUUUAGUGGAUCGCGGGCAGUGCAGUGUCGGCGCUUCAAACGGUGCGAGGCAACGGGGCCACGUGCUGACUCAAUACAUUUGGAUCUCUCCCUUGCGAUGAAGGCCCAGAGCGGAUGCAGACUGGCGGCCGGCGCGCUCCGCCUGCUGGUGGCGCUCUCCUGCGCAGGUGCCUCGCUCCAGAAAGAUCCCGCCUCACUCCAGGGCGUGGUCAACUCCUCGUCCUCCGUCGGUAAGCCGCGUCCUCUUCCGGAUAACCUGCCGAUCCUGCGGUGGCGGCAGCGCGGCCUCGUCACCAAGUGCUGUCCAGAGGACGCGGCGCUGGUGCGGCGGCCGGGCCGGCCGACCCCCGCCUGCGAGCCUGUGCCGGUCGCGCACCGGUGGCAGCCGCGCCUACUGAACGGCCGCACGCACGUGCUCAGCCCGCCCGACGACCGCUCCGCCGUGGCAGAGGGGAACGUCACCUGCGAGUCGGACCAGUUUUGGGUGAACUCGGCGGAGGCUGGCGGCGAAUUCGAGCUGCUCAACACGGGACAUCUGUACCUGCGGCGCUCGGACGCGCUCAUCGAGCCGGGCACGUUCUGCGCCGACCUCCUCCUCAGCCUCCCCGGCGCCUCGGGCCUGCUCUCCAACGCGACCGCGGACGGCUCCUCGGAAGCGAACGUGACCUCGGACUUGACCCUGGACCUGACCUCCGCGACCUCGAGCGUGGUGGCCCGCGUCUGUACCGUGUCGCUGCAGGAUCGUGCAUCGCUGCUCGAUCCGGAAGACCUGCGCCCGGCCUGCCUCCGCGGCACAUGCCUCCGCAAGUGUUGCCCGCGCGGGCUCAAGGCGCUCCGUGAGGGCCUCACGUGCGUGCCGCAGACGGGGCCGGCCCCCUGGCGACCAGCCUUCCACCACGCGCUGACGCAGCCGCUGAAGAGGACCGAGUAUCACACCGUGCACGGCAACGCCCUUUGCCGCACGGCCAACAACAGCCUUGGGAAGGUGUUCGCCCUGGAGCCGAAGUACUACAGUGAGGACGCCUUCUUUCUGCAGGAAGAUGGGCGGUUGUGGGUGCCUGACCAGCACGUCACCAUCGAGCUGGCCGACUUCUGCGUGGACCAGGUGGAGUACCACCACGAGGGCCGUACGUUCGACGCCCACUUCGCCAUCGUCUGCUUCGGCGAUCCGGGCACCCAGAUCAACGUGGGCAACUACGUGUACCGCUGUCUGCUGCUCGUGUCCACCCUGUUCCUCCUGGCGACCUUCGCCGUGUAUUCGGCCGUGCCCGAGCUGCGCAACCUGCACGGUCGCUGCCUGAUGUCUCACGUGGCAGCGCUCUUCACCGCCUACGUGUGUAACCUGGCCAGCCAGCUGCAGCCCGUCUACUCCAGCAUGGCCGCCUGCCAGCUGACAGCCCUGGUCAUGUACUUCUCCUUCCUGGCCGCCUGCUUCUGGAUGAACGUCAUGAGCUUCGACAUUUGGUUGACAUUCAGCCGCAUCCGGUCGGCGACGCCAAACAAGUCCAAGACGCGCCGCUUCAUCAAGUACUCGGCGUACUGCUGGGGCUGCUCGCUGGCGCUGACGUUGAUCACGAUCAUGAUGCAGUUCGCGCCCGACGACGUCGUGCCGCCCGAGAACUUCAUCCGACCCGGGCUCGGCGAGAAGAGCUGCUGGUUCCCAGGGAGCUGGGAGAUGCUGGCCUACUUCCACUGG